AUGAAAGGCAUGCGUUUGAGGGAUCUCCCAUCCUUCCUUCGAACCACAAAUCCGGAUGAUGUCUUGCUUACCUUGGGCUUAGUGGUAUCGGAUGUAGUUCAUAAAGCUUCAGCACUUGUUCUUUUUGCAUUUGAUGCUUUGGAACAAGGUGUUUUGACUGCUCUCUCAUCUAUGCCUAAUAUUCCACCUGUUUAUACCAUUGGUCCUAUUGAAUUACUUCUCAAUCAAAUACCAAGAGACCCUUUGAACUUUAUCGGAUAUAGUAUGGAAAGAAGAAACUGA